UUCGUAAACACCGAUGUUCGUAUAAUACGAUCAGCUGGAGCUGAUUGCACCUAUAGAAUGUUUCAAACAGUCCCAUUUCGCACGACUCGAGGCUGUAUCAGAGCGAUCUUCAAACGACCCCUUUGUACUCCGGUUGUUAACAUAUUCGAUAGGAAUGUAAAGCGACUACAGCGCGAACGUGCCGCUAAAAGUCAACAUGUUGAAUUGUACGAUUACAUCAAAGAUGAAGUGGGCUACAGGAUAUCGGAUCGUAUAUUCGAUGUGAAGCGAGUGUUCGACAACGCGGUCGACUUGGGUGCAAGCCGGGGCUAUGUGACAAACCACGUGCUAGGGGAAACGGUUAAAAAAUUGACCGCAGUUGAUCUGAGUCCCUCUAUGCUGUCGCACGUCCGAGGAACUCCUGGGCUGGAUUUCAGCGUGCGCGAAAUGGACGAGGAAAAAUUCGACUUUGAUGCGAGCAGUUUGGAUUUGGUGGUUUCGAGCUUGAGCCUUCAUUGGGUGAACGAUUUGCCGGCCUGUUUUAGAGCCGUGAAUAAAGCCUUGAAACCGGACGGGGUAUUUAUAGGUGCAAUGUUUGGCGGUGAGACUUUGUACGAGCUGCGAUCGUCGUUACAUCUAGCUGAGCAAGAACGAAGAGGUGGCCUUUCCCCACAUUUAUCUCCCUUUACGCAAAUACGCGACGUUGGAAUGCUGCUGAAUAGAGCCAAUUUUACGAUGUUAACUAUUGACACCGAUGAGAUUGUAGUAGGAUUUCCGUCAAUGUUUGAGUUGAUGGGGGACCUGAAGGGGAUGGCCGAAAGCAAUGCGGCUUUCAAUAGACCGUUGCAUAUUAGCCGAGACACGCUGAUGGCAGCGGCUGCAAUUUAUAAAGAUAUGUAUGGAAAGGACGAUGGAGUGACCGCCACUUUUCAAAUUAUUUACUUUGUUGGUUGGAAACCUUGUCCAAGUCAACCGAAACCCUUGCCACGGGGCUCAGCGGACGUUUCUCUGAAGGAUUUGGGCAAAUUGAUGGAUCCAAAGCAGGUCGGUGAUAAGAAAUAAGUCAUCAUUUCAACUAUUAGAUGUUUGUUUAUUGAUUCCCAUAAAAAGGAAUAUGAAAGAAUAGAAAUGAAACCACAAGUUAAAAACUGUAUUGCAAACGUAA